AGCGUCUGACGGCGUGUAUCAGAUAAAAAUGCCCCUCAUAAUAUUGUGUGGUUAUCCAUGUAGUGGAAAAUCAAAACGUGCAGAAGAAUUAAGGCAGUAUUUCACACAACAUACAGACAGAAAGGUACACAUUAUAGAUGAUGAUAUCUUGGGAACUGAAAAGAAUUUGAUCUAUGCAGAUUCUCAAAACGAGAAGAAUUUGAGGGGUGCUCUCAAAGCAGAAGUCGAGCGAAAGGUCACUAAAGAUGAUAUUGUUAUUUUGGACUCAUUGAACUACAUUAAAGGAUACAGAUAUGAACUUUUUUGUUUAAUCAAGCACACACAAACACCCCACUGUCUGGUUUACUGUUUGACGUCAGCUGAAGGAAGCUCAGGCUGGAACAAGAGUAGAGAAUCCAGUGACCAGUACACUCAGGAGAUUCUAGAUGCUCUAGUAUUACGUUUUGAAGCACCAGAUUCCAGAAACAGAUGGGAUAGCCCGCUUUUCACAAUCCAAAAAGAAGACACGCUUCCAUUUGAGGCUAUAUCUGAUGCCAUCUUUAAAAGAAAAGCGCCACCUCCAAAUCAGUCUACACAGAGUCAACCUUUGUCAUCCACUAACUUUUUGUAUGAGUUGGACAAAGUAACUCAAGAGGUGUUGAUGGCUAUUCUUGAUUCACAAAAGACAAGUGUCCCUGGAGAUCUAAUAGCAAUUCCUGGAGCCACAGAAAAAAAUAGAACUGACCAGAAAUGUCAACAUGGCUGAGCUGAGGAAGCUUCGACGUCAAUUCAUAAGUUACACAAAAAUGCAUCCAACUGAGAACAUUGGAAAGAUUGCCAACAUGUUUGUGCAGUAUCUCAACAAAAGUAUGCACUAAUUGUCUUAAAAUUAUUUAUUUUAAUUGCUCUGGUCUUACUUUGAGUCACUAAACAUUUUGAGUUGCUACUAGCAACUUUUUGGGUUUCUAAACUGAUUCCUGGUCUGUAUUCUUACACAGAAACUGUUUAUUUUUGUAACAAAUUUUAUGAAGUAUACCAUGUUUCUUAGACUGAAUAAAAAUGUCCAGCUCUG